CUGAUGAGGCCAAUGAAAUCUGUAGGAGGACUCACUCAUGGAAGGGGAAUGAAUGAAAGUACUGUGAAUAAAUGGAUUCUUGGGACACCAUACUUCAUAAAGAUUAAUGAAGCAUUAGAGGAGUUCUUAGACAUUUCUAUUACCUACAGUGAACAACAUGUUGAGCUGAGAAAGUCAAGAAAACUCAGAGACCAAGCUGAUAUUGAUAAGUUCACCACAUGGUUCAGACAACACAAUCCAUUAAAUAAGGAAUCUGGAGAGCUAGUUUCAUUAUCAUCUGGUUUCAUCAGUGAUGAGUCAGUCAACUGUGACCAAGCCUAUGACAUAGGUUGUGCUGCUAUGAAGACAAUGAUAGCUCUCAAAAAUUGAAAUUGUAUCUUGAAUAUGAACUGUCUUCACAUCCACCAUCUCUCUUUGACAAUGUUUCACUAAGAAA